AUGUGUCAUCUUACCUGUCCUGUUUCAGAGUUGAACUGUGGAGACCACAAUAAUGGUGACAGAUGGCAGCAAGACCCCUGCACCACCUGUACAUGUCUGUCAGGUGUAGAGGACUGUGUGACCCAAAGGUGCCCUCCUGCUCCAUGUCAGUAUCCCAGAAUUCCUGCUGGCAGGUGCUGCCCAGAGUGCAAAGGUUGUGAGUAUGAGGGCAGGAAACUGAGGAAUGGGCAGAUCUUUGAUGCCGACAGAUGCACCAGCUGCACCUGUCUGAGGGGGCAGGUGGAGUGCCGCAGGAGGGAAUGUCCUGUCCUGCUGUGCCAGGAACAGUACACACCCCCUGGGGAUUGCUGCCCACGCUGUGAAGGAGGUUGUGAGUAUGAGAUGAUGACAUUUGACGACGGCACCUACUUCACACCCAUGUCCAACCCCUGCCUCAACUGUUCCUGUCUGCAAGGCCUGGUGAGAUGUAACCCCGUCCCCUGCCCUCCGGCUCCAUGUGCUAACCCUGUCAAGCCUCUGGGAAGGUGCUGCCCCAUCUGUCCUGCCUGCACCCACGACGGUGCAGCAUACAGUGAGGGACAGACAUGGAGAACACCAGACAACUGUCAGGAGUGCAGCUGCAGGGGUGGUAGUGUGAACUGUGCAAACCUGCAGGUGUGCAGACAAAACUGUCCACAUGGAGUCAGGACACCUGGCACCUGCUGUUCACCUUGUACAGAUUGCUUCUAUGAAGGCCAGUCCAUCAGGAAUGGGAUGACAUUUGUGGCACAGGGAGACCUCUGUAACCAGUGCAGAUGCUCUUAUGGAGUUGUCCAGUGUGUUCGUGAGCAGUGCCAGCCUGUCAAUUGUGUGGAUGUAGAAGUGCCCCCUGGCAGCUGCUGCCCUGUCUGCAGAGGUUGUGUGGACAGUUAUGGUCAGCGUCACGUGUCUGGAGCCCAGUUCAGGUCACCCGAGGACAGAUGUCAACUUUGCACCUGUACAGAGGGUUCUAUAGUUUGCAGACGUGAGGCCUGCCAGGUGCGGUGUGAUAACCCAGUCCAGCGGCCGGGUCAGUGCUGUGCCUCGUGUGACGGGUGUACGUACCAGGGGGUGGAGUACAGGAACGGUGCUACUGUGGACAAACAGGACCCAUGCACACGCUGUAUCUGUCAGAAUGGAGAUAUCAUUUGCAACACUGUAAGAUGUGCUGCUACACCGUGUGCCAAUCCCAUAGUUCCACCUGGGGAAUGCUGCCCUGUGUGUGGAGAAUGUACGUACGAUGGACAGACCUACCCCUCAGGAGAAACCUUUGUCGCUCCCCGCAACCCCUGCUUAAGAUGCACUUGUAGGCGAGGUGAGCUUGAUUGUGACCGGCUGGACCUGGAGUGCCGUCCCCAGUGUACCAGCCCCGGCAGGCUGCCUGAUGUCUGCUGUCCUGUCUGUGACAUUUGUGAGUAUGAGAGAAGAAACUACAGAAACGGUGCAAGGUUCAGGCCCCCUGGAGCUGAUGUCUGUACGGAGUGCAGCUGUCUGAACGGGAAUGUGCGCUGCAGUGUGAUUGAGUGUCAGCCUGUCAACUGUGCCAACCCCACCACUAAACCUGACGAGUGCUGCCCUGCCUGCCAAGCUUGUUUUGUUAAUGGCCGUGAGUACGCAGAGGGCCAGACUUUCCGUUCGCCCAAUGAUCCGUGUGCAGACUGUGUCUGUACGGUGAGUUAUGAAUUUUUCCUCUGA